AGCACCGCCUCCGCUUCCCAAAAUGGCCGCCGCGGCCGCUUCCUCUUCCUCUUCCUCCUCAGGCGCGGGCGGCUCCAGCUCGGCCGCUCCCUCGGGCUUAGCCGCCGCCAUCACGGGCACCAUGAACAAGAAAAAGAAGCCGUUCCUGGGCAUGCCCGCGCCGCUGGGCUACGUGCCGGGCCUGGGCCGCGGCGCUACGGGCUUCACCACCCGUUCGGAUAUCGGCCCGGCACGUGAUGCCAAUGACCCAGUGGACGAUCGCCAUGCUCCGCCGGGGAAGAGGACCGUCGGGGACCAGAUGAAGAAAAACCAGACGGCGGACGACGAUGAUGAAGAUCUGAACGACACCAAUUAUGAUGAGUUUAAUGGCUAUGCUGGGAGCCUGUUCUCAAGUGGUCCUUAUGAGAAGGAUGAUGAGGAAGCGGAUGCUAUUUAUGCAGCAUUGGAUAAGAGGAUGGACGAAAGGAGAAAAGAGAGAAGAGAACAACGGGAAAAAGAAGAAAUUGAAAAGUACCGUAUGGAACGUCCCAAAAUUCAGCAGCAGUUCUCCGACUUGAAAAGGAAGCUGGCAGAAGUCACAGAAGAAGAGUGGCUGAGCAUUCCGGAAGUUGGCGAUGCCAGAAACAAGCGUCAGAGGAACCCACGUUAUGAGAAGCUGACUCCUGUACCUGAUAGUUUCUUUGCUAAACACUUGCAAAGUGGGGAGAAUCACACUUCUGUGGACCCCCGACAGACGCAAUUUGGUGGCUUGAACACACCGUAUCCAGGGGGGCUGAACACUCCUUAUCCAGGAGGAAUGACACCUGGACUAAUGACACCUGGGACAGGCGAACUGGAUAUGAGGAAGAUUGGCCAGGCCAGGAAUACUCUGAUGGAUAUGAGAUUGAGCCAGGUGUCUGACUCUGUGAGUGGCCAAACCGUGGUGGACCCAAAGGGAUACCUGACAGACUUGAAUUCUAUGAUUCCAACACAUGGCGGAGAUAUCAAUGAUAUCAAAAAAGCUCGUUUGCUUCUGAAGUCUGUCCGGGAGACCAAUCCUCACCACCCCCCAGCAUGGAUCGCUUCAGCCCGCCUGGAAGAAGUCACUGGCAAACUGCAAGUAGCUCGCAACCUCAUCAUGAAGGGGACAGAAAUGUGCCCCAAGAGUGAAGAUGUUUGGUUAGAAGCUGCUCGGCUGCAGCCUGGGGACACGGCGAAGGCCGUGGUGGCCCAGGCAGUCCGCCAUCUUCCACAGUCUGUCCGAAUUUAUAUCAGAGCAGCAGAGCUGGAGACAGACAUCCGAGCAAAGAAACGUGUCCUCAGGAAAGCCCUUGAGCACGUUCCAAACUCAGUGCGCUUGUGGAAGGCCGCAGUAGAGUUGGAAGAACCUGAAGAUGCUAGGAUAAUGCUAAGCCGUGCUGUGGAAUGCUGCCCAACUAGCGUGGAGCUGUGGCUUGCUUUGGCAAGGCUGGAGACAUAUGAGAAUGCUCGCAAAGUCCUGAAUAAAGCCCGUGAGAACAUUCCGACAGACCGGCACAUCUGGAUCACGGCUGCCAAACUGGAAGAAGCCAACGGAAACACUCAGAUGGUAGAGAAAAUCAUUGACAGAGCUAUCACGUCUCUCAGGGCAAACGGGGUGGAAAUCAACAGAGAGCAGUGGAUCCAGGAUGCAGAGGAGUGUGAUAAAGCUGGAAGCGUGGCAACCUGUCAGGCGAUUAUGCGAGCUGUAAUUGGGAUCGGGAUUGAGGAGGAAGAUCGGAAACACACCUGGAUGGAAGAUGCAGAUAGCUGUGUCGCUCACAAUGCUCUGGAAUGUGCUCGGGCAAUUUACGCUUACGCCUUGCAAAUUUUCCCCAGCAAGAAGAGCGUGUGGUUGAGAGCAGCCUACUUUGAAAAGAACCAUGGAACUAGGGAAUCUCUGGAGGCACUUUUGCAGAGAGCUGUGGCUCACUGUCCCAAAGCAGAAGUGCUGUGGCUCAUGGGAGCUAAAUCCAAGUGGCUGGCUGGAGACGUGCCUGCAGCCAGAAGCAUUCUGGCCCUGGCUUUCCAGGCCAACCCCAACAGCGAAGAGAUCUGGCUGGCUGCCGUGAAGCUGGAGUCCGAAAACAAUGAAUACGAAAGAGCAAGAAGGCUGCUGGCGAAAGCCCGUAGCAGUGCCCCCACCGCGAGGGUCUUCAUGAAGUCUGUGAAAUUAGAAUGGGUGCUGGGGAACAUUGCUGCUGCCCAGGAACUCUGUGAGGAAGCCCUGAAGCACUAUGAAGACUUCCCCAAACUGUGGAUGAUGAAAGGGCAGGUAGAGGAGCAAAAGGAACUAACCGAAAAGGCUCGAGAAGCCUAUAAUCAAGGGUUGAAGAAAUGUCCCCAUUCCAUCCCCCUGUGGCUCUUGCUGUCAAGGCUGGAGGAGAAAGUUGGGCAACUGACCAGAGCAAGAGCCAUCUUGGAGAAGUCCCGCUUAAAGAAUCCGAAAAAUCCCGACCUUUGGUUAGAGUCUGUGCGAUUGGAAUACAGGGCUGGACUGAAGAACAUCGCCAAUACGCUGAUGGCCAAGGCUCUACAAGAAUGUCCCAACUCGGGAAUCCUUUGGUCAGAAGCAAUUUUCCUGGAGGCAAGACCUCAACGGAAGACCAAAAGUGUGGAUGCUCUGAAGAAGUGCGAACAUGACCCACACGUACUGCUGGCUGUGGCUAAGUUGUUCUGGAGCGAGCGCAAAAUAACCAAGGCCCGGGAAUGGUUCCAUCGAACAGUGAAGAUCGACUCGGAUCUGGGGGAUGCCUGGGCUUUCUUUUACAAAUUUGAGCUUCAGCACGGCACCGAGGAGCAGCAGGAGGAGGUGAAGAAGCGCUGCGAGAAUGCCGAGCCCCGCCACGGAGAGCUGUGGUGUGAAAUGUCCAAAGACAUCGAGAACUGGCAGAAGAAGAUCGGAGAGAUCCUCGUGCUUGUGGCAGCCAAGAUUAAAAAUACCUUCUAGAGCAUGCUGCCUUCAGCUCUGUCAGUCACCGUGGCAGGACUUGGCCUCUUUGCUUUCCGUGCUUUCAACACAUUCACCUGUGAUAGCAGCACAGUAACAUAGAACAAGCAAAGGGAGUGGGUAGGAACAAGAGGAACCUUGGGUUUUCCAGAAAAAACCCCCAAGGAGAGUCAGUUUUUCCCCACUCCAGGAAUGGCACUACAGGCAGGCGUUGCUCUGGCAUACAUUAGAUCCAUCUGUACUGAAAAGUGCCAGGGUGGGGGCAGGAGUGCCAAGCUGUGAUUGGCAUUGCCACUCGAUUUUUGUCUGCACCCAUUCUGCAGAUUUGGAGCUGUGAGUGUUGCUUGUUCAGUUUCCAACUUGGUCUCCCUUUUGGUGUCCUCCCUAAGGUGGGGUCCCUUCUUAUCACCCUCUUCUUCAGUUGCCUGGUGGUGUUUCCCUGCGGCUGAGUUCGUCAAGGAGAUGGUGAUGAACAUCACUGAUAGACAGGGAAUUGUGGGGUGACAGGAGGGUCUGAGAACAGUUGUGUGUUGGUGUGACCAGGGUAGAUGGGCACUGCCUUUGUCAACAGGAUAGAGCCCUGGUCAUGUCUGGGAAGAAGGAAGAUUUUAGUCGACUGGAUGUUUUGUGACAUUCAAUAACUAACUUUUUACUUAAAAAGACACUUCCCCCCCAACUCUGAUUUUAAAAUGCCUGUAAUGUAUGCAAUAUUUUUAGGGUUAUGUCAUUGAACACCACAGUAGAACAAAGACAACAUGGUGAAAACAGUCCAAGAGACCAGUUGAAAAAGGAAGAAGCUUCAUUAAUUAGAGCCAUUACAAGGCCUAGGCUUUCUGACAGCUGAAGCUGCUUCUCCCACUACAAAUGCUGUGGAAGUAGCUUCUCCAAGCACAGUUGGAAAAAUCUUACUUGUAGCUGGAGGGAUUCUUAGUGAGCACAGAUCUGUGUGUUUGUGGCUGCCUUGAAGUUGUCUUAUUUCAUGACUUGCAUAUAAUUUUUUUAAGACUUGUGAUCAGGGCCCCUUUUGACCCGAAGAGGCUCACUUGAAUUCUUGUGAUCCUCCUUCGAAUGAAAAGUCGUCUCCACCUUGAAGGACUGUAUCUGUUUUGUACUUGCUGACUGGAGUGGUAAAAUCAUCUGUUGCAUUUGA